AUGCAGAUCAUUCUCCUUUUUGGUCUGGUGGGUGUGGCUUAUACUGCGUAUUUGAUUUUGAGGAUUUUGUUCGCCCCUUUGCGAAAUGUCCCUGGGCCCUUUUUGGCGCGAUUUACAAAUGUCUGGUACUUGUUCCAAGUCCACACCGGCCACGUGGAAAGAAAGAAUUGCGAGCUUCAUGAAACUUACGGCAAGUACAACUUAUUAGAAGGCCCUGUUGUUCGAUAUGGGCCCAGCAGAUACAGCUUCAACAGCCCCGAAGCGAUCAAAACUAUAUAUGGUCACAGUACCCAGUUUGCCAAAUCAUCAUUUUACGACGCCUUCAUGGUCCCAGGUGUGUGGAAUGUAUUUACGGAGCGAAAUAUCAAAUUUCAUGCCUCUCUUCGCAGGGAGUUUCAAGCCACUUACACCAUGUCGAACCUGGUGAACUUUGAGCCAUACGUCGACCAGUGCGCGAGACUGUUUGACCAGCGCCUACAUGAAGUGUCGGUAGCCGGUGUUACCAUUGAUAUAGGACAUUGGUUACAAUGCUAUGCUCUUGAUGUCAUCUCUCAGAUCACCUUUGCUGAGCGCCUUGGAACCUUGGAAAGUGGGGACGACAUUGGCGGAGUGAUGAAGGCCCUCGAAGAUUCUUUCUACUACGCGUCCACAGUCGGCAUCUACGGCGAGGUUCAUCCUCAUUUAUUUGCCGUCGUUAGCUUCCUGGAUCGGCUCGGUGUAGGCGGAAAGGGGAAAGGGUUAGGGUACGUUAUAAAAGUUGCCCAGGAGAAGAUUAAUGCGUACAAGGCCAAGCCUGCCGCUAUCUACGAAGAGACCCAAGACGGAAGCGAGGAGUUUGUUUCCAAGUUUAUGAAACAGAAUGCAACCAACCCGGAGAGAUUCACCACGAACCACAUCCUCAAUGGCUGUGCCAUGAACAUAGCUGCCGGUUCCGACACUACGGGGAUCAGUUUGUCAGCAGUGCUCUACUAUCUUCUCAAGAACCCGGGGUGUAUGGACAAGCUACGAGAGGAGAUAAUUACGUUUCGCAACGAUGGGAAGCUCUCUGAGUCCCCCACCUACAAACAGAGCCAAGACAUGCCAUACCUACAGGCCGUCCUCAAGGAAGCCUUACGACUUCACCCUGCUGUUGGGCAACCGCUCGAACGAGUCGUACCAGAAGGAGGUGCUACUAUCGCUGGGAAAUACUUCGCUCAGGGAACCAUUGUCGGCGUCAAUUGCUGGGCGGCACACCGGAAUAAAGCUGUCUGGGGCCAGGAUGCUGAUGAGUUCAAGCCCGACAGAUGGCUCACAAAGGAUGCCGAUAAACUGUCUGCAAUGAACCGAAAUUGGAUUCCCUUUGGCGCUGGCUCGAGGACUUGUCUUGGGAGGCACAUCUCCAUGUUGGAGAUGUGCAAGCUUGUGCCACGCAUAAUCCGAGACUUUGAUUUCGAAUUGGCUGAUGGCCUCGAGGCCGAUUGGAAAACUGUGGCCUACUGGUUCGUGAAGCCUUCCAACUUCAGGGUCAGGGUCAGAAUCCGUUCUACAGUUCCGUAG